AGCACUGGAAUACUAUAAUUUAAAACGAAAAAUAGUUGGCAAUUGGUAAAUAUUCGGGGCCGCUUCAUCAUGUGGUUGGAAAAAAGGGUGAGGGUGAAAGUUAACUCAUCUCCGUUCCUGCUGCCGCUUCCUUCAAGAGGGAUGGGGAUUGGGGAAAAAGCGCGUAAGCGAUGGAAGAAAAGGGCACCAGAGAGAGAUAAGCUCACCGGUGGUCGAUUCACCGAACCGGGCUCUGGUAUCCGCUCUUCCUUCUCUCCGGUUCCACGCAUCUUUCUUCUGUAUUUUUCCUUAUGGAUUAUUCCCGCUUCCUUUUCAUCCACCGACCUUUCCCUGUGGGCGAUCUCUUCGCCCCCAAGGGAUCCGAGCUCUGAAUCCCCGCGAUCGGGCGAUUCCACCCGAGGGUUCCCCCACUUUUGCCCCCGCUCUCUCCUAGGCUGGCGGGCCUCAAGGGAACCCUAGCCCUCCUCCUCCUCUCCGCCUUCUCCCGCUUCGCCGAUCUCUUUGAUUUCAAGACGCGGCGGCGGAGGCGGCGGAAGGCCGGGUAUCGGGGCGGCGGCAAGAUGCUCUGGAUCAUGCGGGUCUCCGGCUUCUUCUCCGCUGCCAUGGUCAUGGUCGUCAUUUCCCCAUCCCUCCAGUCCUUCCCCCCAGCCGAGGCCAUCCGAUCCUCCCAUCUCGAUGGUUACCUCCGAUUCCCCGCCGGCAUCGGCGCCGCCGGCGCCCGGGGCCGCUUCUCCUUCCGCCAGGCCUUGCCAUUCCGCAAUGCGGAGGAAUGCGGCAGCCCCGGAGACAACAACACCUCCUGCAAUCCUACCUUUGUCCAUAUCGCCAUCACCCUCGACGUGGAGUACCUCCGCGGCUCCAUCGCCGCGGUUCACUCCGUCCUCCAGCACGCCCUCUGCCCGGAAAACGUCUUCUUCCACUUCCUCGUCUCCGAUACCAGUCUGGAAACCCUGGUCCGCUCCGCCUUCCCUCGGCUCCGCUUCAAGGUCUACUACUUUGAGCCGGAGCGUGUCCGGGGCUUGAUUUCCACCUCCGUGCGGCAGGCGUUAGAGCAGCCGCUCAACUACGCGAGGAACUACCUCGCCGACAUGCUGGAGCCGUGCGUGCGGCGGGUGAUCUACCUGGAUUCCGAUCUCGUGGUGGUCGACGACAUCGCGAAGCUGUGGAGGACGAGCUUGGGGUCGCGGACGGUGGGGGCGCCGGAGUACUGCCACGCCAACUUCACCAAGUACUUCACGGGGCGGUUCUGGUCGGACCCGCGACUCGCCGGGACGUUCGCCGGCCGGCGGCCGUGCUACUUCAAUACGGGGGUGAUGGUCAUCGAUCUGGUCCGAUGGCGGAGGUUCGGGUACACGCGGCGGAUCGAGCGGUGGAUGGAGGUGCAGAAGGGCGGCGUCGGUGGGGGCGGCGGAAUCUAUGAGCUGGGCUCGCUGCCGCCGUUCCUCUUGGUUUUCGCGGGGCACGUGGCGCCGAUCGAACACAGGUGGAACCAGCACGGGCUCGGCGGGGAUAACGUCAAGGGCAGCUGUCGCGACCUCCACCCCGGCCCGGUCAGCCUCCUUCACUGGAGCGGCAGCGGCAAGCCCUGGGUCCGGCUUGCCUCGAACCAGCCAUGCCCCCUUGACGCCCUCUGGGCCCCCUACGACUUGUACGGCCCCGCCCCCUGACCGCCUCCUCCCGGUAACUUCCAUUUUUUCCCACCUCCCCCCGAACCACCUCUUUACGGCUUGUCAUAUCUUCCACCACUUUUUUUUUUGGCCUCGUCCCUGCUUUAUAUUCUCUUUCUUUUAUUUUUAUUUUUUACGCUUUUGUGGCCUCACCAUCCACUCACCGGUCUCCAUCCUGUUUUAUGUUUUUCUCUUUUUUUUUUUUUUUUUUUUUUUUUUGCGAGGCGAUUUGUAUUUUACUCCAUUGUCUUCGCUUCCGCAAAUAAAAGAAACAGAUAUUCAAUUUGUUUUACCUUCCCGAUUUAUUGCUCUAAGAAUAUUUAUCUGUCCUACCGGUAGGUGCCGGUUUCUUUCC